UUCUCUGUAUAAUUUGCUUACCUCAAGUCUCUGUCACCUCUUCCCAUAUCUCUUUAUAAUAACCGUGCGGCCUCUCUCCCUUUCUGUUUCUUGUGGAACUCUCACUCUCCCUAUCAAAUCGGUCUAUUUGUUUCGUAACAACCACUGACCCUCCUUCCUGUUGUUAACCUGGUGGAAUUUGCUCGAGGAACCAUAGACUAUCAUUUUACCUUCUCUCCUUCCACUGGGGGCAGUCUCUGUCUCAAAAUCCCUCUCUCUCUCCCUCUUUCUCUCUAUAUAUAUUUAUUGCGACUAGAAGAAGAGAGAAACACUUGUGUGUGAAAGUUUUUUUUUGUAAAGCCCAGGGGCCAUUUCCAUUGUGAAGUUGAAGGAGACUCUUAUUAUAAGUGGCUUGAAGAAGAUGACAUUGUUCAAAGGUGUUGUACUAUUGUGCUUCACAUUACUGCUCACUCUUGAGUGUGUUCAAGAGGCUCAAGCACAAGCUUCACCAGGUGCUCUAUUAGUGGCUAACACUGAGAGGAUAUUCUAUAUACAAGUUAAUGAAGAUAAUUACAUCAGGGACAGUUUAAUAACUCAGCCACAGAUUACUUUCCUCAAUCUCACUUCCAAUGUUACUGUGAGAGAUAUAGACUACCGUUAUCCAAGGGAAGAAGUGUAUGUAUCGUAUAGCAAUGGAACUAUAAUGAGAUACAAUGUUGAUAUCAAUGAAUCAUCUACUGAUAUUGAUUUAACUCUAGUAGACAUUGCAGUGGUAUACAGUGGUAUUUCGGAUAGUUUAAGAGAUAUAACAGUUGAUUGGGUCAAUGACAUUAUUUAUUGGAUUGUGGUUGGAGAUACUUCAUCUCAAUUAUAUUCAGGAUCUCUUGAUGGUAGUGCUAGUAUAAGAACUGUAGGAGCUUCAAUAGAUGGAGAAGUAAGAGACAUAACUGUUGAUCCUGUUCACGGGUACAUGUAUUAUGUUCAAGUCAAUAGCAGUUUAUAUCGUGUACCACUGUCCAUCAUACAAUCAGCUACUGGUUCAACUGUAUUAUCAUUAUCAUCUUAUACUAUUGUGAAUGAUAGUAAUCUAAACUACUUUGCACUGGAGCUCAGCAGCCUCACUUAUUACCUUAUUACUGUCAACAGCUUUAUAUAUAAGAAUCUUACAGAUCAUAGCAUUAUUGAUACAAGAAUUACUCCAUUAACUUCACCAAGCACUACUUACUUAAGUGCAAUUUAUGUUUAUGCUGAACUAGAACCUAAUCAUUGGGUUAUUUUUGUAUCUUUUCCAUCAACUGGUCAAGCUAUUAUUGUUCCAAUUGGUUCCAGUCAGCCCACUGCUAUUAAAAUAUUAAAGAGAACUCUUCAAACUCUGCCUGUUCCUCCAUCUGCUCCAACCAAUGUAACUGUUUCCAUGAUAACAAGCUCAAGUGUUAAUAUCUCAUGGUCAACUCUAGUCUUCAGUGAUCCCAUUUUUGGUCCUGAUGCUUACAGCUCAUGGAUCUACCGACUCAAUUAUUCCUUAAUUGAUUCAGAGAGCAUUGUCUUAGAAACAAAUGCUACCUUUUUGGUAUUGUCAUCUCUCUCUCCUUCAACCUACUACCAGCUAAACCUUGAAGCUGUAGGACCAGGAGGAACAAUGGCAGUGGAGGAAACCUUUGUGUUUAGUACCUUACCUGAAGGGGCAGUCCCAGAGUUACUAAUAGCCGGUGAUCAAGGAAUAAUAAUAUCAGGAGAAACCAACCGCUACCCGUCAAGACCAGACACUGAUAACUCAUGGGAUGGUGUUCAUAAUUCUUUGCUCAAUAUUUCCUAUGCUGUGGCUGCUAAUUCUUUCUAUGUCCAGGAUUCAAUGGGUGCGGUCAGACCAGUACUCACAUCUCCAUCCAUUCCUAUUGACUUGAUAACUAACGAUGAUAGUGGACUCCAAUUGGAUUGGAUAUCAAGGAGACUGUACUGGAUACAAUCUUCAAGAAGGAGCAUAGUGUCAGUGUCUACAGUUGGUAUCAGUAGUUCUGGUGAUAUUGAUACUUUUUAUGAGUCUAAUAUUGAUGUCAUUGACAUGGCCAUGGACUCUAUUAAUGGUUUACUGUUCUUGGCCUCCAGUACAGUAAUCUUUGCUAGAUCUCUCAACAGUUUGAAUUUCAUUGCUUGUAUAAAUCCUCCUAGCGUAUCUGCUGUAACAGUUGACCCAGCCAGCACUACUCUAUAUUACAUCAGUAGUACAUCCACUAAUCAUGUAACACUAGGACAAAUACAGUAUAAUCAUUCUUCCUGUGAUACCAAUAGUCAUAGGACCCUAUCUCUUCCCCUCUCAAUGCUACCAUUAAAUCCUUCCUCCAGUGAACUCUCAUUGGCUUAUGGAGCUAACAAAUUGUACAUAACUCAAGCUGGAAUGACAGUUGUGUACAGUCUGCCUGCUUUCAUACAGUCUGGUUUCACUCCAUUGAUCAAAGUUAUUGAUGCUAAUCCAACCACACAAGUAUCAACCUCUUUCAGAGCAAUCUCUGUCAUAUUGAACUCCACACAGCCACUCCCUGCUGGAUUGACUCCUGAUAUGACUGGAAUGAUUGAUGUAUUGACUCCGCCCACUCCUGGCUCUCCUUUUCUAAAUGAAGUCGUGUCUAACGAGACCUUUAUACGGAUACAGUGGUCGCCGUCUGAGUUUCGAUUCUCUCCUGUUACUUAUGUUCUUAAUAUUACACUAACACCUUUGAAUCAGUCCGUGGAAACUAUAGAUAGAGUUAUAGUUUCUGAUAAUUAUUACGAUAUAUCAAAUAUCUCUUUCUCCACUUGGGUCAAUGUUAGUAUUAUUGCUUAUUCCUAUUGGUCUAGUUCUCCUCUGAACACUGGAUCAUUCUUAUCACCUCCAGCACGUCCUGGUCAAGUUAUGAAUGUGCGAGUGUUUCCUUACUCUCCUUUGAGGAAUACCACAGAUAAGUUCUCUGCUCUUGUGGUCUGGGAUGCUUUAUCAAGAAUUGAUGCUGGAGGGGUUGUUGAUAAUUAUUCUGUUGUUGUAACUGGAGACCUACUCUCUGAUCCUAAUACUCCCUAUGAUGGUCCACCAUUUGUUGUUCCUGGUGAUAUUACCGAAUUCUCAUUAACCAUUAAAGGAGAUUUCAAUAUUUUAGCUUUUAUUCUUGAAGCCUCUGAAUCAUAUGAUGUUCAGGUUUUUGCAACUAAUUCAGCUGGAAAUGGACCACCAUCACAGACUGUUACUUUUACUAGUAAUGGUACCACUCCUCCGUUAGAGUUGCUGUCCAUUUCAAGCGAGAGCAGUGGAGUCUUUGUAGCAGCGGAAGGUCCCAAUCGUACGAUACCUGCCAUAACCCCACCCCUUUCCCUCGACAAUAUAAGGCGCACCCUCUAUUACUACAACCCACGUACCAGCUCUAUUAAUAACAGAUCACUGGAUCAACUGUCGGAAGAUGAGCUUUUGUUGGAUCUUCCAAGAGGAUUCAUACCAUUAACAAUCUCCUACGACUGGAUAGCUCAGACCCUGUACAUCAUCGGCAGCAAUGAUGGAAAGACCAACAUAUGGAGAGUCUUCAGACUCUUUCCUAAAGGAGCACAACUGAUAUAUGCUGAUCCUGAGACUAACAUCUUCAAUGAUACUGUGAUGGGAUCAACAAUUGAUCCUUUUAAUGGUCUCCUUCACUGGACUAUAAGUACCCCAACUGCCUCUACGUCAGAGCUACACCAGCUGUACCUCACCAAUAACACUGUCUCUCGUCUCCUCCCCCCCUCUACCUCAAGGAGAAGAAAGAGAAACAUAAACACUGCCUCCCUCCAACCAACUGGAGGUAUCUCCUGGGAUCCAGUGACAGAGAGGCUCUGGCUCUGUGAUGGAGGGACUCAUAAUAUUGUGUCAUGCAUUGGAUCAGGGGAAGGAGGGCUUGAGUGUAGGACUGAGAUUGAUAAUGGGACUCUUACCACUAACGUUGGCUCUGGAUCUAGUGUCGAUACUGAUACAGGACUUCCUUGUGACUCCCUUACUCUUGAUGAGGGGAGGAUAUACUGGACAGACAGUGGGUUGAACACUGCCUUUUAUGUGACCAGGGAUGACAGAACUACUCUACUCACUCUGUCUCUUCCUAACAGAGAGUCAGCCCUCAUUAGCUCUAACCCUGGAGUCCAGCAACUGCCUCAGAAUGUCAAUGGCGUGCCUUUAAAUUGUCUUUCUCCAUUAUUUGACACUUCUGAUGACAAUAAGCCCAUGACCACUGUUGUCUCUACCACUAACACGACUGCUAAUAUCUCUUGGACUAUUAGUGCUUCCAUUCCCUCUGAAUGUAAUGUUGUGUCAACUCUACCACUUCAUUUCUUUGUUGAGCUGGAGAUUGGCUCCACAAAUGUGCCUGGUUAUCCUAAGGGACCCAUUUAUCAACAGAACUAUAUCAUAACUGAUCUGACUCCAUUCACUGGUUACAAAGUAAAAGUAAAGGGACUCAAUGAGUUUACAUUGUUGGGUAUUGAUCUCUUUGGUAACGAACCACCUUUCAUGACCACUGAAGGAGUGCCUGAUGCAGUAGAAGGACUAACAGCUGAGCCUUUUGGCCCAUACAACAUAUAUCUUAGCUGGAACUCAUUGAACGAAAUGCAGCUAAGAGCAGACGUCAACUCUCAAAUGUUUCAACUCUUCAUUGACAAUAGCGAUACAAUAUUGAAGACAGAGUCGGCUAAUAUUACAACAAUAAUGUCGAGGGAUCGACUGAGUCCUAAUUCAUCGCACAGCGUCACUGUUAGAACUGAUAACGGCGUAUUUAGAUCGAGCAAUUUCAGUUCUGUAAGUUUCGUGACGUGGUCCCUCCCCCCUCUCCCCAGUGUAACUGAUAACAAGACUAAUACUUCAUUGGUUGUUGAACUCAGUCUAGAUGAUGUCCACAAUGUGUUUCGGACUUUCAGGAUAUGCUUGAAUGGCACUAUCGGUUGUAGAAAUGUCACACUAGUUAAUGCAACAGGGUUUCAUACAUUCACUGAUCUCCUCCCUUUUACAGCAUACGCCCCCACUGUCACUGGAGAAUACAUGCCUAGAUCUUUUAGUGGCACUAUUUUCAAAGCCCAGCCUGAAAGUAUCACUGGAGAGGCUAUUAUGACUGACCCUGGAGUGCCUGCUCCUCCAAUGGAUGUCCGUGUUCAAGACUCGAGUACUUUAAGAUGGAGUGAGCCGAGAAAUAAUGGAGAGUCUAUUGCAGAUUAUCUUAUUAUUCUGAGGCGAAAUGGAGGCUUGGUACAAACAGUAACAACUACACAACUCAGUCAUGAUUUAGCUAACGUUAACAACGUAACAAGGGAGGUGGAGUACACGGUAACAGUCUCUGCUAGGAACUCAAUUGGACUCAGCAACGAGUCAUCAGGAGUGAGCUACACAAGACAACCUGAGUCAAAUCCCUUCGAUUUUGUUACAACAUGGUAUUUCAUUGCCGGUGUGAGCGUGUUUGGGAUUAUACUCUUACUGUUGAUUGGACUCUUAUUCUUUUGUUGUUGCUGCUGUUUCGUAGGACGUAAAGAGACUCAUGCCUUUAGACCGGACUAUGAACUAAGAGGAUUGAGGGCUUUGAACUCUCGCACGCAAUCCCUGACUAACCCACACUACUGGUCUAGGGAUAAUUUCAAAUGCACUGAAGAAGAUUUGGAGUCUCUGAACAAGUUCCCACGAAAUAAACUAAGACUUGAGAAUUUCAUAGACAGAGGAGAGUUUGGUGAAGUAUAUCAAGGAACUGCUCUAGACAUUUUAGGACAGGGAACAGGGCCCACUCCUGUUGCUGUUAAAACUCUUAGAAAAGGAUCCACCGAAGACGAGCAGAGGAAGUUCCUCUCAGAAGCUGCUCUGAUGAGCAACUUCAAUCACAUCAACAUAGUUAAAGUACUAGGAGUCUGUCUUAACAAUGAUCCUAUCUAUAUCAUAAUGGAGCUAAUGCCCGGCGGAGACCUACUCAAAUUCCUCCGAGAGGCAAGGAGGGAUCACGGUCCUCCAUUGCUGACACAGUCAGAGCUGGUCCAGGUUGCUUUAGAUGUUGCUCAAGGCUGUAGGUACUUGGAGCAGCAGCACUUCAUUCAUCGGGACAUUGCCGCAAGGAAUUGUCUCGUGUCGUCAAAAGGAGCCGAUCGCGUCAUAAAGAUCGGGGACUUUGGUCUAGCCAAGGAUCUCUAUAGUUCAGACUAUUAUCAGGUUGAGGGUCAGAGGAAGCUGCCCGUGAGAUGGAUGGCACCGGAAGCUUUGACUCAAGGGAAGUUUUCUAUCGAAUCUGAUGUUUGGUCAUUUGGCAUAUUACUAUGGGAGAUAAUGACGUUUGGUAAUCAGCCAUAUCCAGGAAGAACCAAUCAAGAAGUACUUCAGUUUGUCACUGGAGACGGAAGACUAGACAAACCCGAAGACUGCUCCUCCAGACUCUAUAAGCUAAUGCAGUGUUGUUGGAAGAAAUACGCUAGCGAAAGACCAAAGUUUGCCCAGAUUGUUGACGUGAUCUCCAGCUAUUGGGAUCACUUGAACAACAAGAGGGACAGCUAUUGCUCUGACGACGACGAUGAGGAACUCGAAGACAUUUUACAAAGAAGACCGUCGCGUCCUUCAAGAACGUCAUCAGUUAGAUCAGGUUUUGUUAACCUAGCCAGACAGGGUAGUAUGCGUAUAAGGAAUAGCUUUAGGAGAAGAGGUAGUUUACAUAGGAAGGAGGAGCACGACUCACACGGUCAGAAUCAUGCGGGAUUGAACAGUGAAGAAGAUUUAGUGGGUGAUGAUCAUUUCAGAGAAAGAGGUCCUUUUUAGACACGCAGCAUGCACUAACAUUUAUCCAGUCUCCCUCUCUCUACUUUCAGCGUGUGCAUGUUAACAAUUAUUAUUAUUAUUAUUAUUAUUAUUAUUAUUAUUAAUAUUAAAACUAUUUUCUCCAACCACAUUUCUGUCAACAUCUAAUAUUUUUCGUUAUUGUGAGACUAAUAAUUUAUUAUUAUUGUUAUUAUUUUUUCUGCUACAUGACAUGACUAUAGUUUUAUCUGCUACUGCUAUACUGCCAGCAACAACAUACAGUAGUCAAAUGUAUUAUCUGUUUUUUCAUGUUGCAAUAAUACUUUCUGUUAUUGCUGUUGACUUUUUCUGUCAUUCUUUAAUAAUUAUACAUACUAGAUUAUCAUUAUCAUUAUUAUUAUUAUUAUAUUUUUGUGUUAAAACUAUCUGAAAAAGACAA